AUGCCUCACUCUCAACUUGACGAAGAUGCCUCCGCAACGGCGGGUGGUAAUCCCACAACGGUGACACUUGUUACCGAUUCUCUCGAAAAGCCUUCGCUCGACGAUCGCGAUUAUCGAGUUAUUCGCCUCGACAAUGAGCUCGAGGCGCUCUUGGUCCAUGAUCCUGAUACGGACAAGGCCAGCGCAGCCCUUGACGUUAAUGUUGGAAAUUUCAGUGAUGAGUCUGAUAUUCCUGGUAUGGCCCAUGCGGUCGAACAUACUAACAUUUCUACCUCUCGCCAGCUGCUUUUCAUGGGUACCAAGAAAUUCCCAAUUGAGAACGAGUACGGCCAAUACCUCUCCGCCAAUUCAGGAAGCUCCAAUGCUUAUACCGGGCCAACGUCAACAAACUAUUUCUUCGACAUUUCUGCCAAGCCAGAUAAUGAUCAAGAUCCUUCAGAUACCAACCCUUCACCUUUGAAGGAGGCUCUGGACCGGUUCGCCCAGUUCUUCAUCGAGCCUCUUUUCCUUCCCGAGACUCUCGACAGAGAACUGAAGGCCGUAGAUUCGGAGAACAAGAAGAACCUACAGAAUGACACAUGGAGGCUGCAUCAGCUUGAAAAGUCUCUAUCCAACCCUAAACACCCAUUCUGCCACUUCUCUACCGGCAACUUUGAGGUUCUCAAGACCCUUCCCGAAGCACGUGGGAUUAACGUGCGGGACAAGUUCAUCGAGUUCCAUGGAAAGCACUACUCGGCAAACCGCAUGAAGCUGGUUGUUCUGGGCAGAGAGCCACUCGACUUACUCCAGAAAUGGGUUGUCGAGCUCUUCUCCCCUGUAGUCAACAAGAAACUUCCCCCUAACAGGUGGCCUGGUGAGAUUCCUUUCAGAGAUUCUGACCUUGGUAUGCAAUGCUUCGCCAAGCCCGUCAUGGACUCGAGAGAGCUCAAUCUAUACUUCCCCUUUAUUGACGAGGAGUUCAUGUUUGCUACUCAACCUAGUCGGUACAUCAGCCAUCUUAUCGGGCACGAAGGUCCUGGAAGUAUCAUGUCUUAUAUCAAGUCCAAGGGCUGGGCAAACGGUCUCAGCGCAGGUGCUUAUCCCGUCUGCCCUGGCACUCCUGGUAUCUUCGAUGUUCAGGUUCGCUUGACAGAAGAGGGUCUUAAGAACUACCCCGAGAUUGUCAAGAUCUUCUUCCAGUACAUCACUCUACUUCGCGAGAACCCUCCUCAGGAGUGGAUUUUCCAAGAGCAGAAGGGAAUGGCAGAUGUCGAUUUCAAGUUCAAGCAGAAGACACCCGCCAGCCGCUUCACCAGCCGGAUCAGUUCAGUUAUGCAGAAGCCUCUUCCUCGGGAAUGGUUACUCAGUGGCCAUAGCCGUCUUCGAGAAUUUGCCCCCGACCAGAUUGAGGAAGCUCUCUCCACCAUCCGACCUGAUAAUUUUCGCAUGGUUAUUGUAUCACGAAACCACCCUGGCAACUGGGACCAGAAGGAGAAGUGGUAUGGAACAGAGUAUCGCCAUGAAAAGAUACCUGACGACCUUAUGGAAGAUAUCAAGAAGGCCGCCGCAGUCUCUCCCAAGGAACGCUUGUCUGCUCUUCAUCUGCCGCAUAAGAACCAGUUCAUUCCCAACAAACUCGAGGUUGAGAAGAAGGAGGUGGAUGAGCCGGCACUUAACCCACGAGUCCUUCGCAAUGACAACAUUGCCAGGACUUGGUGGAAGAAGGAUGACACCUUCUGGGUUCCUCGCGCCAACGUGAUUGUGAGUCUGAAGACGCCCCUCAUUUACGCUUCUGCGGAGAACAACGUCAAGGCUCGCUUAUUCACCGAUCUGGUGCGGGAUGCCCUCGAGGAGUACUCGUACGAUGCAGAACUGGCUGGAUUGCAGUACAACGUCAGUCUCGAUUCGCGCGGUUUGUUCUUAGAUGUCAGCGGCUACAACGACAAGCUCCCCGUGCUAUUGGAACAGGUUGUGACAACGAUGCGGGACCUUGAUAUUAAGGAAGACCGCUUUGAGAUUGUCAGGGAGCGCCUCACCAGAGGCUAUAACAACUGGCAGCUGCAGUCAUCUUACCAUCAGGUUGGUGACUACACCAACUGGCUCAACGCACCGGAACGGGACUUCAUAGUAGAAGAGCUCGCAACGGAACUUUCGUGCGUUACAUUGGAGGGUGUUAGGUUAUUCCAAAAGCAAAUGCUUGGCCAAAACUUCAUUGAGGUGUAUGUACAUGGCAACAUGUACAAGGAGGAUGCACUAAAAGCAACCGAUAUGGUAGAGUCCAUCUUGAAACCUCGGGUUCUCCCCAAGGCUCAGUGGCCUAUUUUGCGGUCUCUCAUCUUGCCCCAAGGCUCCAACCACGUCUUCAAGAAGACCCUUAAGGACCCAGCUAAUGUGAAUCACUGUGUUGAGACUUGGUUCUAUGUUGGUAGCAGGGAGGACCGUGAGGUUCGCACCAAGACACUGCUCUUGGACCAAAUGCUCCAUGAGCCGGCCUUCGACCAGCUACGAACUAAGGAGCAACUAGGCUACAUUGUCUUCAGUGGGCCACGAGCUUUCUCAACAACAUAUGGUUUCCGUUUCCUCAUUCAAAGCGAAAUGACGCCAGAGUUCCUGGACGCUCGUGUUGAAGCCUUCCUCCAGAGAUAUGCAGACACGCUGGACAAGAUGAGCGACACAGAGUUUGAAGGUCACAAGCGAAGCUUGAUUGUACGACGGUUAGAAAAGCUCAGGAACUUGGAUCAGGAAUCCACCCGCCACUGGAACCAGAUCACAAAUGAGUACUACGAUUUUGAGCUUGCCCAAUCUGAUGCAGUACAGAUUAAGCUGCUAACCAAGCCUGAGGUUGCGGAGUUCUUUAACCGGCAUCUUAACCCCACUUCGAUACAGAGAGCUCGUUUGUCGAUUCACCUUGAGGCUCAAGGCAAGGCUGAGGGGGUCGACAAAAGACAAGAGGAAGCCCAGAAGAAGGCUGACGAGGAGCCAUCUUCUGGAGAUGCUGUCAAGACAGCUGAGGAGAUUACCGAUGUCAGACUUCACAAAGCCUGCCUCACUGCCAGUUCUGGAGCAAUGCCUGUUAAGGAUAUCAGCGAGUAUGAAGAUACCGAUGCAAAGCUUUGA